GGGCUGUGGGCCCCGAGAAGCCUGGGAAAGAGCUACUGCAUCCCACUUCCUUAUGGGCAGCUCCUGACCCCUCAACUCCUGCCUCCUCCAGGAUCUUCGCCUGGAUGUCAAGUGGAUGCCUCUGGCCCCUCCAGCGAACUCGGUGGAAACCAUGGCUUCUUUGAUGCCUCUUUCCCCAUAUCUGAGUCCCACGGUCCUCCUGCUGGUCAGCUGUGACCUGGGUUUUGUACGGGCAGACCGACCUCCCUCUCCUGUGAAUGUGACGGUCACUCAUCUCAGAGCCAACUCGGCCACUGUGUCCUGGGACGUCCCAGAAGGCAACAUCGUCAUUGGCUACUCCAUUUCCCAGCAAAGACAGAAUGGCCCCGGGCAGCGUGUAAUUAGGGAGGUGAACACCACCACCAGGGCCUGUGCUCUUUGGGGCCUGGCUGAAGACAGUGACUACACAGUGCAGGUCAGGAGCAUCGGCCUCCGGGGAGAGAGCCCCCCAGGGCCCCGUGUGCACUUCUGCACUCUCAAGGGUUCUGACAGGCUGCCCUCCAACAGCUCCAGCCCAGGUGAUAUUACAGUGGAGGGUCUGGAUGGAGAGCGGCCAUUGCAGACAGGAGAAGUCGUCAUCAUUGUGGUGGUAUUGCUCAUGUGGGCUGCUGUAAUUGGGUUAUUCUGCCGUCAGUAUGACAUCAUCAAGGACAAUGACUCCAACAACAACCCCAAGGAGAAGGAGAAGGGACAUGAAUAGAGUCCUCAGGGAAGGCCAGUGGGGACAAGACAGAAAAAGUCUCCAUCCAUCAACACCAUUGAUGUUUGAUUGUACAAGGAACCAGAACCAGAAGAUAGGAUGCACUGUAUAAAUACAUGGGGUUGGGGUGAGGUCAGGGAAAGCCUAAGAAGGUAAUCUGCUUGAGACUCCCACAAGGCAUUAUGCUCCCAGAAUCUCAGGCUGGUACCCAUCCUCUUUCCACUGUGAGCAGGGCCAGAAUGUAUGUCUGGUAGACUCUGUACCCCUGGACCUGGGAGUGGAUAUCAAAUGGAACAUCUCCUCCCAUCCCCCAGGUCCAGGGGAGAAUCAUUUAUUCAACCCUAUCCCACUAGGUCCCGGAUAGGGGCCCCAUGUCACCUGCAUCAGGACUAUUGGCACCCACAAGCUGUCCCACAGCUUGCCUCUGGGCUCAGAGAGGGGUGUUUCUGUCGGUGUUGUCCUCCUCCAGUGAGUAAGAAGACCCAUCUGGGCCUAGAGGCAGACACUGCACUAUUCCAAUGUCUUCCACGGAGCCUCUGGUGCUCCUCCCUCACCUGGCAGCCUCUCCAGCUGCUGGUGAUCUCACCCCUGGGACAUUUUUCCAAUAAAGGUUCUUGGACAAAC